AUGGUUGCAGUCAUUUUUUUAAAUUUAAGUGAUGCGGAGAACAAGCAGGCAUCAAAUCGAGAUGUGAGCCGGUGGCUUAAUGAACUUCGUGAUGCUGUGGACGGCGCUGAAAACUUAAUGGAAGAAGUCAAUUAUGAGGCUUUAAGGCUUAAGGAGGAAGGUCGACUUCGAAAUCUUGCAGAAACAAGCAACCAGCAAGUAAGUGACCUCAACCUGAGCUUGGAAGACACCAUAAAGGAGAAGUUGGAAGACACCAUAAAGGAAAAGUUGGACGACACCAUUGAAACGUUGUAGGAUUUGCAGAAGCAAAUUGGUCAUCUUGGCUUAAAGGAGCAUUUUGCUUCGACUAAAAGAGAAACUAGAACACCUUCAACCUCUGUGGUUGAACCUGAUGUCUUUGGUAGGCAGAAUGAAAUAGAGCGAUUGAUUGACCGUUUAACGUCUAAGGCAAGUGAAAAAAAUCUGACUGUUGUCCCUAUUGUUGGAAUAGGGGGCGUGGGCAAGACAACACUUGCUAAAGCUGCUUACAAUGAUGAGAAGGUGAUAGAUCAUUUUGAUUUGAAAGGUUGGUUUUGUGUUUCUGAAGCAUAUGAUGCUUUAAGAAUAGCAAAAGGCUUACUUCAAGAAAUUGGCUCAUUUGACUUGAAUGUUGAUGACAAUCUUAAUCAACUACAAGUCAAAUUGAAGGAAAAACUAAAUGGAAAAAGGUUUCUCAUUGUUCUUGAUGAUGUGUGGAAUGACAACUACAGAGAGUGGGAUGACUUGAGAAAUCUUUUUGUGCAAGGAGCUACGGGAAGUAAGAUCAUUGUAACUACACGUAAGGUGAAUGUUGCCCAGAUGAUAGGUAGUGGGGAAAUCAACAUGGGGAUUCUGUCUAGUGAAGCCUCUUGGGCUUUAUUCAAACGACAUUCUCUAGAAAAUAGAGAUCCUCCAAAGGAACAUCCAGAGCUUGAAGAGGUUGGAAAACAAAUUGCAGACAAGUGCAAAGGAUUGCCUUUAGCUCUAAAGGCAAUUGCUGGUGUUUUAUGCUGCAAAUCAGAGGUGGAUGGGUGGAAAGACAUUUUAAGAAGUGAAAUAUGGGAGCAGACUCUGAAUGACGUAUUACCAGCGUUGAUAUUGAGCUACAAUGAUCUUCCUGCACAUUUGAAGCAAUGUUUUGCUUAUUGUGCUAUAUAUCCUAAAGAUUAUCAAUUUUGCAAAGAGCAAGUUAUUUUCUUGUGGAUUGCUAAUGGUCUUGUACAGAAGUUGCAUUCUGGAAACCAAUACUUUGAUGAGUUGAGAUCAAGAUCAUUGUUCGAAAGGGUCCCAGACUCUUCUGAAAGAGAUGGAGGGAAAUUCUUAAUGCAUGAUCUUGUCAAUGAUUUGGCCCAAAAUGCAUCUUCAAAACUCUGUGUCAGGUUGGAAGAGUGCCAAGGAUCUGAUAUGUUGGAACAAAUUCGGCACUUGUCCUAUUCAAUGGGAGAAGUUGGUGACUUUAAGAAAUUGAAUCGGCUUUCCAAGUCAGAGCAGCUGAGGACAUUGCUUCCAAUACAAAUCCAGUACGUUUACCUCCCUAAGCUAAGCAAGAGGGUGCUUUAUAACAUACUACCAAGUCUAAGAUCCUUGAGGGCAUUAUCAUUGUCAGGUUAUGGCUUUGUGGAGCUGCCAAAUGACUUGUUUAUCAGAUUAAAGCUCCUGAGAUUUUUGGACCUUUCUCGGACAGAGAUUAAAAUGUUGCCUGAUUCUACCUGUGCAUUGUAUAACUUGGAUACGCUUCUCCUGUCAGAUUGUAGAUAUCUUGAGGAGUUACCUCUGCAGAUGGAAAAGCUAAUCAACUUGCGGCACCUUGACAUUAGCAACACUACUUGCCACUUGAAGUGGCCGCUACAUCUGAGCAAGCUGAAAAGCCUCCACGUUCUAGUGAGAGCUGAAUUUCUUUUAGGUGGCUGCUGUGGUUGGAGAAUGGAAGAUUUGGGUGAGCUACAUAACUUGUAUGGAUCUCUAUCAAUUUUAGAGUUGCAAAAUGUGGUUGAUAAAAGGGAAGCUCUGAAGGCAAAGAUGAGGGAAAAGGAACAUGUUGAGAAGUUAUCAUUGAAGUGGAGUGAACAGGGAAGUAUUGCAGACAAUUCACAAACCGAAAGAGACAUACUUGAUGAGCUACGUCCACACACAAAAAUAAAAGAAGUCGAAAUCUCCGGAUAUAGAGGGACACAAUUUCCAAACUGGCUAGCUGAUCAUUCGUUUCUUAAGCUGCUAGUACGAUUGUCUCUUAGCAACUGCAAGGACUGUUUUUCCUUGCCAGCACUAAGACAACUUCCUCGUUUGAAAUUCCUUUCCAUUAGAGAGAUGCAUUCGAUAACAGAUAUAACGGAGAACUUCUAUGGUAGUCUGUCCUCUGAAAAGCCUUUAAACUCUCUCAAGGAGCUUAAAUUUGCAAAGAUGCCAGAGUGGAAGCGGUGGGACGUACUAGGGAACGGAGAGUUUCAAGCACUUCGGAACCUUUUCAUUUAUGAUUGCCCCAAGUUGGUUGGGAAGUUCCCUGAGAAUCUCUGUUCUCUGACGAAUUUGAGAAUCUCAAGAUGUCCUGAACUCAAUUUGGAGACCCCCAUCCAACUUUCAAGUCUAAAAAGUUUUCAAGUUGAUGGUUCUCCUAAGGCUGGAGUUGUCUUUGAUGAAGCUGAGCAGUUUACCUCCCAAUUUGAGGGAAUGAAGCAGAUUGAGGAACUAGAUAUUAGUGAUUGCAUCUCUCUUACCUCCUUGCCUAUUAGCACUCUGCCGAGUAUCUUGAAGACAAUAAGGAUACGUCAUUGCCAGAAAUUGAAAUUGGAGGCACCAGAUAGUAGUAAGAUGAAUUCUAACAUCUUUCUGGAGGAAUUGGAACUGGAUGAAUGUGAUUCUAUAUCAUCACCUGAGUUGGUCCCAACAGUGCGCUAUUUGAGGAUACAGAGAUGCCAAAACCUUAUUAGGUUUUUGAUUCCUAAUGGGACUGAAAGACUCUAUAUUAGUUGUUGUGAGAAUCUUGAAAUACUGCUUUCUUCAGUGGCAUGUGGGUUGAGUAUUGAAGAUCUCAAAAAACUGAAGCAGCUGCCAGAACUCCUUCCCUCUCUUAAGGAACUGACACUGUGGAAUUGUACAGAAAUAGAGUCCUUUCCUGAUGGAGGAUUGCCCUUCAAUUUACAAUUCCUUGGCAUCAACAAUUGCGAGAAACUGGUGAACGGCCGAAAGGAGUGGUGUUUACAGAGACUCCCCUCUCUCAGAGAGUUGUACAUCACCCACGAUGACAGUGACGAAGAGAUUGUUGGUGGUGAGAAUUGGGAGCUGCCUUGCUCUAUUCGAAGGCUUACCAUAGACAAUCUGAAAACAUUAAGCAGCCAACUUCUCAAAAGCCUCACCUCUCUUGAAUCCCUAUGGACUUGGAAUUUACCUCAAAUUCAGUCACUGGUGGAACAAGGGCUUCCCUCCUCUCUUUCUGAGCUAAGUUUAUUCCACCAUGAUGAGCUCCAUUCACUACAAGGUCUUCAGCACCUCAAUUCGCUUCAAAAUCUAUACAUCAUCAAUUGCCCUCAACUCCAAUCUCUUGAAGAAUCAGUGUUUCCCUCCUCCCUCUCUACGCUGACCAUCGAGAAUUGCCCUAAUCUCCAAUCACUUCCAGUAAAAGGGAUGCCCUCUUCCCUCUCUAAACUAUCUAUUUGCAAAUGCCCAUUGCUCGAACCACUCCUAGAAUUUGACCAGGGAGAGUACUGGUCAAAAAUUGCUCAUAUUCCUGAAAUAUAUAUCAGUGCUACAUUAUUUAACCUCGAAUGCCUGUGAUGAUUAAUAAAAACGAAGCUCCCACAGAUGAGUUGUUCAAUCAUUUUGCAGAAUCAUUUGGAAGGGCGUGAAUUCUUGGAAAAACAAAAUAUCUAAUGCACAAUGAGUUACUUGAGAAAGGAGGAUGCGGUUUAGAGCUGCACAUGUUCACCCUUGUGCUUUGAUAACGAGUAGAAUC